AUGCCGCCAGCAGGUGGUAAACGAUACCUCACGUCGACCGCAGUUGUCUUGAACGAAGUUGUCAAGUUGGCCCUGUCGUUGACGAUGGCCCUUUAUGAUGUUUCAAAGACCGCACCAACAUCGAUGCCCGCAACCUCUCUAUUCUCCUCCCUCACAAGCUCCAUUUUCGCUGGCGAUAGCUGGAAACUUGCCAUUCCUGCCGCCCUCGGUGUCCUAGCCAACUCAUUACAAUACACAGCGCUGUCCAACAUGCGAGCCGCAGCAUUUCAGGUUUCAGUGCAGUUGCAAUUCCUCACCACCGCAAUCUUUGGAUUGGUGGUUCUGCGACGAAGCAUCGCACCUCGCAAGUGGGGUUUGCUAUUGUUGUUGGUCAUUGGUGUGGCUUUGGUGCAGAUCCCCGACGCCAAAAAGGAUGGAAUGGGGCUCAAUGAGGAAAGUGCGAACCACUUCCUCGGUCAGUCCAGGAAUGGAAGGAAGUAA